CUCGCGGAAGCGGCCGAGAAUGAAGUUCAGAUAUUAGCAGGCACAGUCAGUGGUGUUUGAGCGGAGCUGGGCGCUCACUGACUUUCAUUCUCACACCAGUUUUAUUUUUACUAUUUGAAGGAAGAACGGUAAUUUUGUUUUUCUUUGGCCGGAGCUCGCUAGAUGCCAGGCCGUGUGAAACAACAUUGAGUGGAAGUUGUGCGUCGUGAAUACUGCCCAGCAAAGUGAACGAGGGGAGUUGAGUAUGAGUGACAGGCCUUGCUCCUAGCUCAGAGCUUAAUUUUGCUAUGGCAGCCACCAGAUUGUUUGAUACUUCUGAUGCUGUGGAACUCUUUGCACCACAGUGUCUGUAUUUGAAGCCAAUUGCAAGGCUGACAAUCAGUGUGAUAUUUCCCAAGUCUAAGUUAUCCUCAAGACUCAUUUCCAACUGGGAAGUGAUGGAGACCCUGAAGAAAAUGGCUUACCCGGAUCAGAUUACAUCGCUCAAAGUCUCACGGAGCACAAUGGACUUUGUUCGCUUUGAGGCAGAAGUUGAAAAUAAGAAUCAAGUUCAAACUGUCCGGGAAAAGUUUAACAACAAAACGAUUAAAGUGAACGGUAUCAAUGAGACGGCCAAAGUGUUGGCAGCUGUAACUCAAGCCAACUUUCCAAGCCCAGGUGACUGGGAAUCCUUUUUUAAGACUACUGACUGCAUGAAUGAGGCUUUGCCUGGUGAGAGACCUGAUACUAUUCACAUGGAAGGGCUGCCUUGCAAGUGGCUCUCUUCAAAGCAGCUCAAUAGGGAAAAGCCAAUGGAAGAGAUCCUUCAAAAAGUCUUUGGCAGAUUUGGAAAGAUCCGAAAUGUUGACAUUCCCAUGUUGGAUCCCUAUCGAGAGGAAAUGACAGGGAAGAAGUUCAAUACCUUCAGCCUCGGUGGCCUACCAACCUUUGAAGCUUACAUCCAAUACCAGGAUUAUGCAGGCUUCGUGAAGGCAAUGGAGUCCUUACGGGGAAUGAAGUUGAUGCACAAAGGGGAUGAUGGAAAGGCAGUAGCAUGUAACAUAAAGGUGACCUUUGACACAACCAAGCACCUUAGCGACUCAGCAAUUGAAAAGCGUAACCUGGAGAGGUUGAAGCUGCAAGAGUUGGAGAAGCAGAGAGAGGAGCAAAAGCGGAGAGACAAGGAAGAGGAACAAGCCAAGGAGGCUGAGCGGAAACGAAGGGAAGAAGAGCGGGAAAGGGAGAGGAAACGGAAAGAGAAGCAGAGGAGGAGGGAGCACAGGCAGAAAGAGCAGGAGGACAAACGUCGCCAGCGUAAACAAUCAAAAAUAAAACUCGAGAAAGAGCAAGAGCAGAAAGAGGCCACUGCUUGGGAGGAGAGAAAGCUGGUGCUUGCACAGAGGAAGCUGGACUCCUACAGGCUUCUCACUGUGCUUUUAAACAGUGCAAAACUGCUCUUGCAGAAGGAAAUGAGAUUUCAGAAGAGACAGCUUCCUGAGAGUGACACAGAAAAAUGUCAUCAGAAAAGGGUGAAGCGUGAGCACGUGGAGGAGGCUGAGCAACAGAAACCAGGUGAAGAUGUUGCCGACAAAGAAAGCUUUCUAAAAGUGGAGGCCUCAGAAUGCAUAAAGGUUAAAAUGCAGCACAGAAAUGUUGAUGGGGAGAAGCACAAGUCACUUUCUGCAGAAAAAGAGACUUUGAGCUCUCACAGCACCAACUUUCCAAUCACCACCUCAUGGAUGGACAUGGGUCCUGUUGACCCGAAGGAACAGCAUGGCCUCAUCAGGGGAAAGGGCUCAACAUUUCAUGAAUCUGGAUCGUUGCAGAUUACUGUAAUGCAAGGCUGUGACACUCACUUCCAUAAGCAGCAUGCAGGUGGUGAGGAUAACCGUCCAUGCAAUGGGCACUUACGUAAGGUCACUGCUGUAGAUCGGCAGAUCCGCCGCCCACUUUAUCACUAUGAAGAUUUUGUUAGUUGUUUGCUAGAUUAUCACCAGCUUGCAUGCCCUUCAAACCUCAGUCUCUGCUGCGGAACCAACGACCCUAUUAACCACUCCGAGUGGCGCAGAACGGUCUCCGAUGAUGGGAGAAGCUUCCGAAUAGACUUGAAGAACAAACUGAGCCAUCUUUGCACCAAGGUGAGCAUCACACCGCAAACUAGAUGGCAAGAUUAUGACCACAACAGCAACUACAAAUGGACAAUCACCAUCAGCAGGUCUGGCACCAAACAGAAAGCGUUGAACAGUAGUGUUGGCCACCAGCUGAAGGAAUAUAACCGGGAGUUCAAGGUGCAGUGGAAGGAUUCAGACAGCCAGUUGGAUUUUCGGGAAGAUUUUACUGGCGGGUGCCAAUUACACUUAAAAGAUACAGUUCGUUGUUCAGGACAAAAUUGUGCUGUUUCUGUCUGUGACCUGAUGAGCCAAGAAGAGAACUUAGUCCGUAGCUCUGAGGACCUGUAUUCCAGCACCAAGGAUCUGUGGAUUUCGUCCCAUUCAGGCUCCAAAGAGCCAUGGAAAAAUCCAACUAGUAAUUGGAAAGUUUCAAUUAAAAACUCUCAAAAUGAUUUGGCUGUACCAAGGUUAGAGGACGAUAACCAAUCCAGGAAUUCAAGCAAAAAGUACAACAAUCAACUGUUAUCUCAUUGCGAGGUAACCAAGAUUGAACCAGGGUGUUCUGACCAAGAGAGCACAGAUAGGCUGAAUCAAUCAAAUAGUACAGUAAAGCACAGUCACAAGUAUAAUACUUGUGAGUUCAGUGCUGUGAACAGCUGGUCAAACUGCAAGCCAGAAAUACACCAAGAAGUCUUGAAAUACAAGCCUAACAAAAAAUCUCAAACAUGUAGCAAUGAUAUAAAUCCAGCUCCCAGUGGAUUCAGGAGUGAGCUAAAAUAUUACUGGACUGAAAAUGGAAACAAGUUAAAAGAAGAACAGGACGUUUCCAGCAAACCUUGUAGUAGACACCAAGUGAAAGACUUACGGAAUAGUGAAGGAUCUGGGAAAAUUGUUAGUGAAGAAGUGGACUUGGAUAGUCAGCUGUCAAGUUGCUCUGAAGUCUUCGGUGCUGAAACAAAGCACAAAAAUAAAGAAAGUAACACUGUGAUCAAGCAUUGUAAACGUAAGCAUUAUCUUAUAGACUCUAACAGAGAAAUAAAACACCACAGAGUAAUAUAGAGUCGUACAACAUGAAACAAACCUUUCGGUCCAACCAGUCCACACUGACCAUGUUCCCAGACUAAACAAGUCCCACCUGCCUGUGCACCCAUAUCCCUCCAAAUCUUUUCUUUUCAUGAAUUUAUUCAAAUGUCUUUUAAACAUUGUACCUGUAUCCACCACUUCCUUUGGCAGGUCAUUCCACACACAAACCAUUUACUGUGUAAAAAAGUUGCCCCCCCCAUGUCCUUUUUAAAAUCUUUCUCCUCACCUUAAAGCUCCCGAGUUUUAAACUCCUCCACCUUAGGGAAAAUACAUUUGCUGUUCACUUUAUCUAUGCCCCUUAUGAUUUUAUAAACCUCUAUAAGGUGCCCCUCAACCUCGUACGCUCCAGUGAAAAAUAUCCCAACCUAUUUUUACAACUCGAACCCUCCAUUCCUAGCAAUUUCCUUGUAAAUCAUUCCUCCAGGUGAAUAAAAUGCUUCCUAUAACAGGGCAAUCAGAACUGCACACAGUACUCCAGAAGAGGUUUCACCAAUGUCCUGUGCAACCUCAACAUGACAUCCCCACCCUCAACGGUCUGAGCAAUGAAGACAAGCCUUCUUAACCACCCUGAAUACCUGUUUCACAAAUUUCAUAGAAUAAUAUACACGAACCCCUAGGUCCUUCUGUUCUACACACAACCCUUGGGGCCUACCAUUAAUUGUGUAAGUCCUGUCCUUGUUUGUUUUACCAAAAUGCAAUUCCUCACAUUUAUCCAAAUUAAGCUUUAUCUGCCCCGCACUCUUCAGCACAUUGUCCAAUUGAUCAAGAUCGCUUUGUAAUUUUAGAUAAACAUCUUCACUGUCCAGUAUACCACCAAUUUUGGUGUCAUCCGCAAACUUACCAACCAUACCUCUUAUAUUCUCAUCAAAAUCAUUUAUGUAAAUGGAAAAUGAAAGUGGACCCCAGGACCAAUCUCCGAGGAACAUUGCUAGUCACAGGCCUCCUGUCCAAGGAACCACACUCCACCACCACCCUCUGUCUCAUUGGAAAAUAUUUUUGGCUCCAUCCCAAUGCAUGAAGAAUGAAUUUGUGGAUAAUUGCUGCUAUUAAGAGGGAGGUUUUAGCAUUCACUGUGUUACAAUGGAGAUUAUUCUUGGCCUGAGAUAGAUAGAUUUGGGCCAUCAUCAUUACCUUUCCAAAAUGGGAGCAAAUGGGGGAAGCAGACACAUUUUCACAAGCAGUUUGAUGUUGACCACAGACUUUAAGACAAUAACAGAAAUGAGCCAAAGAUGAAACGUGAAAAUCAUGCAAACAAAUUUCAUCACGGUAUAUCAACAAAAAGGAUUAAAAUGAAAAUAAUUUAGGUGCUUUUGCAUCAUCAUAUCCUCUAGAAAUGAAUAACCUGAUCUGCUUAUCUCAUCAAAAGCACCAAAACAUUUAAAAAAAUGAAUUAUUGUGCUGCUCACAAUAAAAUCCAUUUCAAUAUUGGUGGCUUUCUGGGCCAAAGCACUUAAAUUAGUCUGAUUUGAAGGAACUAACACAUUAAAACUAGCUUAGGUAUGAACUGACGUAUAGUCAACACCAUAGACUGCUUAUCAUUCACUCUACUUGAACAUGUUGGAGAUAACAAAAUCUGUGUUUGGGAGUUAACAUAGAUAAGUAAGGAUACUGUUCAGAUAUUUGGCAACUAGAAAUAAGAAAGGUCCACAAGAAUUUCCCUGCAAUAACAUUUAAAUUGCCUUCUCAAUAACAUUUUGACCUAGCCAAUAUUUUCCCAAUAAAACACCAAAAACACAGUUCAGUCACUUUAUAUACAUGACUGUAUGCCUUUCUCUCUGCUUCUUAGGAGCGUGUUAUGCACAAUUGGCUACAACAUUUCCCUGUGCUUUGACACAGUCAAUUAACUAUUUAAGUAGUAAUGCCAAUGAAGUGCUUGUGACAUCCAGAGAUAAUGAAAGGUGCUAUAUAAACGUAAAUUUGUUCUUUCUGCAGACUUUGUACUGGAACAGAUGAUAUUAGCUUUGAUUACAAAUAUUCUGUGAUCCUGGUUUGUAUUUAAACUCUGAUGCUGCAGUUGAUGAUGUGGGUCUUAACCCAUUCACUGUUGCACAAGAGAGACGUGCAUGUUCCCUCUACUACUCAUUCUAGCUUCAAGCUAAUUUCUUUCAAAGGUGACGGUUUAAAAUAAAAAUUUGGAAUAUCUAAAUCUCAUCCUUCGUUGAACUACAUUUGUGCAAAGCAACAUUAAUUUACGACAUAAAAUAUCUGACUUGGAAUUAGUAAUGCUUAGUUAAACUUGACUGUAAAAAUCUGUUUAGAUAGGUGGAAUUCUGCAUAAUGUCAGUAAGUCCAAUAAGGGGUUUUCAAAAGCUGACAAGAAUUUUUGAUUUUAUUACAAGAUAAUGAGUUCAAAAGAUAACUUCUGGGAACUGCUUACGAAAAAAGUACUGCACGCUUGUAUCAGAGCCAGUGUAAAACCAAAGCAACUUGACAUUAAGUUGGUGAAGACCUACAUUAUUCCAAUUGAACUGAAUGUGGAGUGAGAACUGUGGAUCUACUAAUGAUUAUGUGCUGUUAUUUGCAGCACCAUCUCCAGUUUGGAAAUGAGGAAACAAGGUGUACCUUUUCACAUUAAAACCUUUUAUCCAUACACACUGUACCAUGUAACAUUCUACUGGAGUUAAUAUUAGUCAAACAAUUGCAACGAUUGAUGGUCAUGAAAGUGAAUAUCUGUUGCAUUAUAAUUCAAUAAAGAC